UGUCGUUUCAUCAUUGACUGUCAGUGGAUGACGAAUAAAACGUAUUGUAAUACUUUUGCAACAAACGGGAUAUAAAAGUGUUAACAAAUUUUUGUCGUCAUCAUUGAUAGUGAAGUGCUUGUGGAGGACCAUUUGCGACCAUUAGUGUUAAUUAUUCAGUGCUACAAAUAUGGAGUUCCCUCAUAUUGGAAAGAAUUGUUCAUACAAAUCAUGUAAUAAACUAGACUUCCUGCCCUACAAAUGUGGAGGUUGUAAAGAAAUGUUCUGUUCUGACCACUUUGCUUACACAAAGCAUGAAUGCCCAGCACCAGAUAGACAGAAUGUCCAGGUUCCAGAAUGCCCUUUGUGUGGUAAACCUGUGCCGGGAAAGAGAGGAGAGCCACCAGAUGUCGCUGUUGGAACUCAUAUUGACAACCUCUGUACUUCAGACCCAGCAGUGGAGAGGCGGAGAAAAGUGUUCACAAACCGGUGCACAUUCAAAGGAUGCAAGAACAAAGAAAUGGUGCCGCUUGUUUGCAGCGAGUGCUCUCUCAACUUCUGCCUUCGACAUCGACACGGCAGCGAUCACGCCUGCGAAGGCAAGCUGGCUGCCAAGAGAAGACAAGCAGCUGAAGCAGCUAUGGCUAGGAUGAAAGCGGCAGAAAAUAAAAUUACACACACGCCUGUUGCGGCAAAGGUUACAGCCUUCUCUGAAGUGCAAGGAAACAUGACUGAAGAUGAGGCGUUGGCGCGCGCUUUAGCGAUGUCUAUGCAAGAAGAGAACACUAGCAUACAAGCGCGAGACACCGCCUUCGCGCGUGCGCUCGCUCGACAAAGGGUUGGGGGUGAGCAGAGCUCUAGGUGCUCAGUCUCGUAGCAAGUAAAUUGAACAUAAUAAACUUGUACCUAAUAACAUAAGAAGGAGGCUAUAUGUAAAGUGUAACAGAAUAGUAUAUGUGCAGGCUAUCACAAUAAACAACUAUCGUUUAAGCAUUGUUAAAAAACAUCAUUAUCAUAUCAAUCACAAGACAUCCACUGCUGCAUAGGUUUCCUCCAAUAACUUCCUGAGUCAACUUGUACGACAUUUUCUCGAAUUUACAAGACGCUACAAUAUAAAUUGUUCAGUUUUGUUUACCUGUUCUGUUACACUUUGCAUUUAAACAAGAAACUGGUAUAUUUUGUGGCUACUUUUUAUUUAAAAAACCGUGGUUACGAAUUGUUAUUAUCGAGCCACUUGACUGUUACAUAAUUAUAAUUAUUAUUUUAGGUCACAAAGAAAUAGUCCCUUUCAAUUAUGUUAUAUUUUCAAACUGUAAAACUACAAAUGCAAGAAUAGCCAUCCAGUAACAAAACUUAAGGUUUCAAAUCGCUAGUUUCUUCUUAUGUUAUAAAUAAAUUUUCGUUCUUAUGUACAUAAUAUACUCUUUAUAUAAACAAACAAACCUCUGAAUACCCAUUCCUUAGUCAUUAAUUUAUUGUUUUAUUAAAAUCAUAAUAAAAUUGCAAUCUCGUCAGUUUAGUAAUAUUCAAUGGAUGAGAAGAAAAAACAAAUAAAAAAAAUAUUUUUGUUAGUGUGGCGAGUGCUUAAUAAUUAUGUUAAAAGGUUAAAAGUAUAAGAAAAUUAUUAAAAGACUAAUUAAUUAUCAAUUAAUUUUAAACGUAUCGUGCAGUGGUAAUAAUGACAAGCUAUACUUCAGUAUAAGUUUUACGACUGUCUCAUGGUUUGAGCGGCCGCAAGUGCUACUGCCGAACAUAAGGUCUCGGGGUUGAGUCCCAGAUCGGGUGAGAUAAUAUAAGAAAAUUUUCGGUAUUUCAAAAAUGUUCAAUAGCCGCUCAAAAUCUGGAAUUGUACACGAUGUUUGGUUACAGACUCAAUAUCUGUUACAUGGUUUUAUAUACUCAUAACAUAAUGUUAAAAAAAUUGAGUGUUAUUGUUUGCCCUUUAGUGAAUUAAACCGAGUUAUAUUAUAUGGUGUCAUCACUUCAUAUAGCGAAAAUUCAGCCAUCCUUAUUUUUCAUAAAAAAUAUAUUAAACAUACUUAGUAAGUUGCAUAAAUAAAUAAUUUAUGUAUACCGAAAUUGAUAGUAUAGUCUUGUUGGCCGUAUCUGUACGUUAUUGACAUAUCUCUUAAGGACUGACCUUUAACAGAAACAACUCUGAUUUAUAGGAAAUAAUGGACUAAACUUAGGCUAAGAUCUAUUCGAAUAGUUUGUAAACAAACCAUAAAGGUAGGAUUAAAUAGCCGCUCUGAACAACAUUUCUUUCCCUGUUAAUCAAAAUCUUUAUUAAAAUAAAAUGGGAGUGUAGUGUACCUGCUCGCGGGUAAAUUCAAGAGUUUCUACCUUCACGGUCUGUGGGCAAACAUUUUACAUUGAUCUUGGCCUAAGUAUAAAUUGGUUUAACUCAUUUUACACAAAUUAACGAGGAAUUGGUAUAAUCUAUAAAUACGUGUGUAAUAAAUGUCUAUUUCAUUGUUUGAUGUUAUCGUUACAUGAAAUACUGCACUGAUAAUAAAAAAGUGUUGUUAGCACAAAUUAUUCAAUUGUCAAAAUACUAGAUCUAUUUUAUUGUUAGUGCAAUAUUCAUAUUAACUAAUGUUGCUGUUUCCUACAUAAUAUGUAUAUGUGUAAGUAGUGCAAAUGUAAAAUAAAUAAAUGAAUAUGUAUUUUUAUAUUCUAUCUUGUGACACUCCUAUAUGUGAAGUUACAUAAUCUACACUUGAAUUUAUUAGAUAGAUGUAUACAAUAUGUGUAAUGGAUGUAUAAUUAUCUGUUAUAGCCUAAAAUAUUGUAGACUGUCAGCAUGUUAAACUUUGUUGUUUGAAAUGUAACACUUGGUUAGGGCGAGUACUUUAAAAUCGAUUAAUCUAUGGUGUUAUUCGUCAUGAACAAUUAUAUGAAAUGUUAUAACCGAUGUGUGUAUUCUUGAUUUUAGUGAAAUUAAAGUUUUUGAACAAUCUAGCUGGCUAGCACGCAAUGAUAAAUAGAUAGUUGUUUUAAUUUCACUAGCUGCAAAUCGAGGGAAGUGUUUUAUUUUCUCUACCUCGAUUAAUGAUUUUCGUAAAAGAAAAGAAACUCGGCAGAGAAAAUCGAAUCAAUGUUUAACUACUAGGUACUUGCUUUUUCUGUGCACCCUUUUAGCUGACGAUUCUGCCUUGGAAAUGUGUAAAUGCAGUAGCUAGCAGCCCAACCUUCUCCGACAUUUUAGUGGAUUCUCGACUUUAUGUUAAAACAAUAACGUUGAUAUCUCUUUAAACUCCUGUCUUUCCUUACAAGACGAGGCGGUUGACUUGCUGGCAAUUGUACAAUACACAAAAGUAUAUCUAAUAAUGUAAUACUGGGUUUCCGAACAGAGGAAUACAAAUGACCUGAAUUAUUAUUGAAUGUUUGUUCGACGUAAUGAAGUAACACCUAAUAUUUGCUUUAAUUAUUUAGUUUACAAUUAACAGUCAAUUUGCUUAUACAAUGUACAUUUGCUUGUCCUGCUGAUAAGUCAAAUAUUAAGUUUAAUAUAUUCAAUAUUUUUUGAAUAAAGUGUUGAGAAAAUAAAAUCAUUUACAAAGACUA